UGUGACCUGACCUUUGUGGGGGUGGUGGGUAUGUUAGACCCACCGCGGAAGGAGGUGAUCGACUCCAUCCAGCUGUGCCGGGAGGCAGGCAUCCGGGUGAUCAUGAUCACCGGCGAUAACAAGGGCACCGCCGUCGCCAUCUGCCGCCGCAUCGGCAUCUUCGGCGAGGAUGAGGACGUGAUCGGCCGUGCCUUCACCGGCCGGGAGUUUGAUGACCUGUCUGCCUCCGAGCAGCGCAUGGCCUGCCGCAACGCUAGCUGCUUCGCCCGUGUCGAGCCCGCACACAAAUCCAAGAUCGUGGAGUACCUGCAGUCCUUCGACGAGAUCACCGCCAUGACAGGAGACGGAGUGAAUGAUGCCCCAGCCCUGAAGAAGGCGGAGAUUGGCAUCGCUAUGGGAUCUGGCACAGCUGUUGCCAAGAGCGCCUCGGAGAUGGUGCUGGCCGACGACAACUUCUCCAGCAUCGUGUCGGCGGUGGAGGAGGGCCGUGCCAUCUACAACAACAUGAAGCAGUUCAUCCGCUACCUCAUCUCCUCCAAUGUGGGCGAGGUGGUCUGUAUCUUCCUGACAGCUGCCUUGGGACUUCCCGAAGCGUUGAUUCCUGUCCAGCUGCUCUGGGUCAACCUGGUGACAGACGGCCUGCCGGCCACUGCCCUAGGCUUCAACCCCCCAGAUCUCGACAUCAUGAACAAGCCCCCAAGGAGCCCCAAGGAGCCUCUCAUCAGUGGCUGGCUCUUUUUCCGCUACAUGACCUCCCAUUUCAUGCGGUGCACCGAGGAUCACCCUGAAUUUGAAGGAAUUGACUGCGAAAUCUUUGAGGCUGCCGAACCGAUGACCAUGGCUCUGUCUACACUCGUCACCAUCGAGAUGAGCAAUGCUCUGAACAGCCUGUCAGAGAACCAGUCGCUCGUCAGGAUGCCGCCGUGGUUGAACUGCUGGUUGCUGAGUGCUAUCUGCCUCUCCAUGUCUCUGCAUUUCUUCAUCCUUUAUGUUGACCCAUUGCCGCUCAUCUUUAAAUUGACUCAUCUGACCUUAACCCAGUGGCUUGUGGUCUUAGAGAUCUCUUUCCCAGUCAUCCUACUCGAUGAAUGCCUGAAGUUUUUCGCUCGUAACUAUCUUGAAGCAAAAUAAAACAAGAAACUGCUGAAGACUACACAAUCGAGAAAUAUAUGUAUUUACAUCACAUCUAUAUAUAGGUUUUAAAAAAGAAAAAUGAGAUUUGUUAAAGAGGUCUUAAGACCGCGUAGCGUCGUCGGGGAGUGAAUGGUCACUCUGAGACUUAAGAAAACAAGACAGUGAAAAAGGGUUGUCUUAAUGCAUGUUCCUACUCUUAAUUAAAGUCACCUCAAGCUCUCCUACCAACCCCCCAACCCCUGAAAGGAAAUGGAUCCCCCUCCCCCCUCCUGCCCGGGUGUACGUUCCCUUCCCUGGACACCCUGCCCCAUCUUGGAAUCUGGCAGCACCUUGCUGGGGCUCGUUCACCCUGUUUCGGGGUGCGGUCAGGUAAUGACUGCUUCCCUGAGAAAGGGGGGAGAGGGGAGACGGAGGAGUAGGUGUGUGUGUCUCUCUCUCUCGCUGUCUCUCUUCCCCGAAACCCUGUGGCAGUCAGCUGUAACCCCCACCCCUGUCGCCACCCUUUUCCCCCCCAGCUCACCCCUCCACCUCCUCGACAUUCCCCCGCCCCCCUCCCCCCAAUCCCCGACAGGUCCCUCCACCUCCACAGCCUCAUCUCUCCUCCCACCCCUACCACCUCAUCCCUUCCUCAACCCUCACCCUCCCCGCCCUCGUCCUCGUCCGAACCUCCCCAUCUUACCACCUCUUCGACCCACGCCUCCCCCUUACCUCACCACUCCCACCUCUCGACACACCGCCCCCCCAACCCCAAUCCUCCUUGAACCCCCAGAGACAGUGGUAAAAGGAACUUGUCUGCGCCUACCAAUGGCCUAAUUUUUACUUCCAGUCCUACCUUCUCCCUCCCCAUCCCCUACCGCCGACAGACUGCCCCCGAACCUCACCCCGUUAGCCCCCUUCGCCUCCUCCCUUCCCUCUCGUGCACCCUCCUGUCGCUGUUAGGUUGCCGGGGGAAUAUUAUGAAUGGAAUAAAGCACCAAUGUGCCUAUUUCAACUGUC